GGAGGGAGGGCGCGUGCGCGGGAGGCUCGGCUCGGGGCCGCCCUCAGCGGUGUUGCCAUGGCGACAACGGAGGCGCCGCCAUGGAGGUGACGGGCGGGCGCUACUGCGGGGAGACCGUGCGCGGCAGGAUGGAAGGACGGGGCUCCUACACGCUGCCCACCGGCACCGAGUACCGGGGCGAGCUGAAGGACGGGAUGUUUCACGGCGAGGGCGAGCUGCUCUUCCCCGGCGGCGGCAGAUACCGGGCGCUGUGGCACCGCGGGGUGCCCGCUGAGGGGAAAUACACUUUCGCAGAUGGGCUGGAGUACCAGGACGAGAAGUGGCAUUACUGCGACGGCUACGACAGGAGGUUCUACACAGAAAUCUGCUCCGGCCUCAAGCCCGCAGGCAUUUCUCAGCUUACAAAUCUAGAUCCUCCUAGAAAAAUCCCAGCAGGAUGUUACGACUGUGGUGAUGGAUUCUAUAACCCUGAAACCAGAAUUGUCGUUGACUACAAAAUGAGGUUUCUGAGAAACGCAGAUGAUGAUGAGCAUGAGUGGAUCAUUCGGACCUGCCGGAAAGCUGAGGAUGAAACAACUGGGCAUAAACCUAAACCAUGAAAAUUGGUUUUGCUAGACAAUAAUAAUCUAAAGCAGGUAAUCUGAUUCACAAUAAGUCUAAUUUGUCCACACAGAUUUAUAUCACCCCUUCCCUCUACAGGAAUAUAAUCUUUUCGUCAUCUUUGUCAGCAUAAACAAAAAUGGAAAUAAUCAUUUAAUCAGUCAUGCUGAGAAAAAGCCAUGGAAAAAGAGCAGACUGUACUCACAGUAAUAUUCCUGAGAGGUGUGUAGUGUGGUAUAUAUACACGUUAUUAAGCUUGAAAACAAUUUGUUAAAAAGAGUGCCUCAGAUUCAGUGUUGAAGUCAUUCAAAUCCAUCUUAAUCAACAUUAUUUUCCCAGAUUUUAGUUAGCUGUCCUGGUGAAUUCCUUUCCUCUCUUUUUGCUCAGUACUUUGAUAUUGAUUGAUCAUUGUAAUAAUGUACACCAGAGGUAUUCUUUAAUGACUGGUUUGCUAACUAGGAAAUUAUAUCCAUUUACUACGAACGUUUGUUGAACUCUCCUGAAGCCAGAGUUUAACAAAAUAAUAAAAGAGGAAAACUGGGUGGGUUGCUGCUUGAUUAGUAAGCCAGAAAGUAUUUAAAAAUAAAAUAAAAUGGAAUUACAUCAUUUUCUGGAUGUAAGUGCCAGCACUUCUACUUGCAUUAACUUUAUUUAUUACACAAAUAAGACAUUUACAAAGCACAACAUUAAAAGUAUGUAACAAAACAGACAUUGGUUUUACAAAAAAGUGCUUACAAUUUAGUUUUAAUUUUUAAAAUAAAUAUUAGUCUUGACUGUCCAUUCAUUUAGAGAAUUUUUUAACCAUUGUAGCCAAGACAUGCAUAAUUGCAACAUGCUACAACAAAAUGAUUGGCUGAUGAAAUAAAACCGAUGUGUCUAUAGUUGGCAUCCUACAGAUAUAUCACUGAUAGUAGUGCAGGAUUGAUUCCCACUCCCCCGUCCCAACUAGUAAGUUGUGUAAGCACCUUUAGCUAGGGCAUUGGGGUUAACCAGCGUGAGCCAAAAGAAAAAAAAAAAAAAAA